GUCGCCGCAUCUAACCCUUACAAGUGGGUGUCUUUAAUUCGCCUAGCCCGACAGAGUAUUUAAAUUGAGGGUGCAGAGCUGUUCCCUGUGGAGUUUUCUGUAUACAGAGAGAGUUGCGUCGCUGCUGAUGCUCGGGAGAUAGUCCUUUAUCUCCAAUCUUCUCUUAUCGCCAUCUCUCUCUCUCCCCUCUCUCUCUCUCUCCCUCCCUCUCUCUCUUUCUUUCCUUCCCCUGCGCAACUGAGUCGACACCGGUGGCACUGGACACGCUGGAUGGCUGCUGCACUUGACAAGCCGGUGUGAAUCUUUUAUCUCUGCUCUUCUUGACCCUAUAAAAACAACUCAGCAACAAUGACAGAUCCGGCGACUCAAGAGUCCUACCCUGUCCCAGACCCGACUAUCGUGGAUCCGUGCCCGGCGGUGGUGCGUAACGGCCAGUGCGCCCCGGAUGGCUUCUCCAACCAUCACCACCAAGGCAAACCCCCCUCCGGCCAGCCGGACCCCUUCACCACAGGCCAGGAGAUGAAAAUCACCGACAGUGUGGAGGGAGAAGGCCUCCUGGAGAGCAGCAUGCGUCUGAAGCCCCAUGAAGCCCAGAGCUACAGGAAGAAAGCGCUCUGGGUCUCCUGGAUCUCCAUCGGGGUCACGCUCAUUCUGGCUGUGGCAGCUUUCACGGUUUCUUUCAUGAGACACAGCGCUUCAGCCUUUGGAUUUGCCUUUGAUGCCACGCUGGAUGUCCUGUCAUCCAUCAUUGUCCUCUGGCGCUACAGCAAUGCAGCAGCUGUGCACUCUGCACACAGAGAGUAUAUAGCAUGUGUAGUCCUUGGAAUUGUAUUUGUGCUUUCCUCCAUGUGCAUCCUGGGAAAGGCCAUUCAUGAUCUGGCUACUAAGCUGCUACCUGAAGUGGAUGACUUCCUCUUCAGUGUGUCCAUUGUGAGCGGGCUCAUGUGUGUUGUGCUGGCUGUGCUCAAGUUCAUGCUGGGAAGAGUGCUGACUAGCCGGGCACUCAUCACUGAUGCAUUUAACUCCCUGGUUGGCGGCAUCAUGGGAUUCUCCAUUCUGAUCAGUGCUGAAGUCUUUAAGCACCAUGCUGAUGUCUGGUUUCUGGACGGCACCAUAGGAGUUCUCAUUGGACUCAUCAUUCUGGCAUAUGGGAUCAAACUCCUGAGGGACAUGGUGCCUCGAGUGAGACAGACCAGGAACUACGAGCGCUUUGAGUGAAACACCAGCGAGCAUGUCUGACGACCAGAGGAGCAGGUUUACACACACUCACCCCUGGCUGCCUCCUGCCCUCUAACCUCUUCUCUCUGUCAUACACACUGACAUGCAC